AAUUUUCCCCCAAAAUUCCCAAAUUUCCUCCGGAAUUCCCGAAUUUUCCCAAAAUUCCCGAAUUUUCCCCCAAAUUCCCGUUUUUUUUUGUCUCUUGCAGCCCCACGUGGUGGCGCCGGAGCGGCCGGGAGCUCCCAGACCGGAGACGCGCUGGCAAAGCUUUGGCCUCUAUUUAUUCCCCAGACCACACCAACAGCAGCUUCCCCUCCAACCCUUCGACUCCCGUGGCCUCGCCCCCGUCGCUCGCAGGAACAGCGGCUUGGGCCAGGAAUGGCGGUCAGGCGUCUUCAUCUCCUAAUUACGAGGGGCCCUUACACUCUUUGAGCCGCAUCGAGGAUCGCCUGGAGCGCUUGGACGACGCCAUCCACGUCCUGCGCAACCACGCCGUGGGCGCGGCGCCGGCGAUGGCGGCCGGCGACGUGCACGGCAUCAUCGGCGCCGCGGCGCACAACGGCGCCAUGGCCGGCUUGGCCGGUUACGGCGCCGGGAUCCUCUCCAAUCGGCUCAUGGUCGGAGCUCACCGCGACGACGGCGUCUCCAUCCGCGCCGGCCACUCCUUGGUGCCCAACCAGGUGCCGGUGCCGACGCUGCCGGUGCCGUCGGCCACGUCCCCGGAGCUGAACCCGCCCCAGGAUCCCUACAGGGGAAUUGCCACCACGCUCCAAGGUCAAAGCGUGUCCUCGGGCAGCUCGGAGAUCAAAUCGGACGACGAAGGCGACGAGAACUUGCAGGAGAGCAAGAGCGGCGAGGAGAAGAAGUUGGACGAGGAGAAGAAGGAGAUCAAGUCCAUAACUAGGUCAAGAUCUAGCAAUAACGACGACGAGGACCUGACGCCGGAGCAGAAAGCGGAGCGGGAGAAGGAACGUCGCAUGGCCAACAACGCCCGGGAACGGCUCCGCGUCAGGGACAUCAACGAGGCCUUCAAGGAGCUCGGUCGCAUGGUCCAACUCCACCUCAAAAGUGACAAACCUCAAACCAAGCUGCUCAUUCUCCACCAAGCGGUGGCCGUCAUCCUCAGCUUGGAGCAGCAGGUCCGAGAGCGGAACCUGAACCCCAAGGCGGCGUGCCUGAAGCGGCGCGAGGAGGAGAAAGUGUCCUCGGAGCCGCCGCCGCUGGCGCUGGCCGGGCCUCACCCCGGCAUGGGCGACGCCGGCAACCACAUGGGGCAGAUGUAGAGAGGUUUUGGCCAAACCCCGACCCUACAAAAAAUAUUUUUUUUUUUUUUUGUUUUGUUUUGGUUUUUUUUUUUUUUUUGGAUUUUUUGUAAAAUAUCGACAAGUCUGAGGAAUUCCACGAUCGCAGACGCGCCAAAAUCCGGCCGGAAAUUCCAAAAAAAAAAACAAAAAAAAAAGGAAAAA